UGUGGGAGCCCCCGCCCCCGCAAGAGCCAGGCCGGGGACCGGCCUGCGGGUCCCCGUUCAUCCGGGCAGCGAGGAGGGGCGGCGCGGCGCAGCGCAAUAUUCAGCAGGGCGAAGCGCUCCAUGGCAGAGCCGCGCUGAGCCCAGCGCCAUCGCCGAUUGCAGAGCCGCCGCCAUGGACGCGUUCAUGAAGGGCUUGUCCAAGGCCAAGGAGGGGGUGGUGGCUGCGGCGGAGAAGACCAAGCAGGGGGUGGCGGAGGCUGCGGAGAAGACCAAGGAGGGGGUGCUGUACAUGGGAAGCAAAACCCAGGGCGUGGUGCAAGGCGUCACCUCAGUGGCUGAAAAGACCAAGGAGCAGGCAUCCCAGCUGGGAGGAGCCGUCAUCUCGGGGGCCGGGAACAUCGCGGCUGCCACCGGCCUGGUCAAGAAGGAGGAGUUCCCCACUGACCUGAAGCCUGAGGAGGUCGGGCAGGAGGCCGUGGAGGAGCCGCUGACAGAGCCCGAGGGUGAGAACUACGAGGAGCCGCCCCAGGACUAUCAGGAGUACGAGCCGGAGGCGUAAUGGCCGCGCCCACCCCGCCACCUCCACCAGCAGCACAAUAAUGACAGUACCCCCUCGUGCCCCCCCCCGGCAGGUGCCGGCACAGGGGGCGAUGGCGAGGACCCUCCACCCCGUUAAGUCACAAGUUCUUCCUGCAGCCCCGCUCCCAGGGGCCUCGCUGGAGGCCGUGUUGCUGUAUCGUGUCCUGUAGUGCUCAGAGGACUCGUCGGCCAACCGCCCGGAGCCGUUUGGGUGGCCGAGGCCCGGCUUGUCGCCCUGCGUCCCUCCCAGUGCCAUAAGCCCGGCCGGCCCCGUGUCCGUCCCCCGCAUGCUUAGUGCAGCCGAGCGGCCUGGCCGCCGGGACCCUGGUGCGGCGCGCGCCCCCAGGGCUGCUGUACAUUCGUUUGCACGCGCCUCACGCCGAGUCUGUUCCUGUCUUUGUGGAACUUUUUUUGAUAUUCGGCUGGAUCGUUUAUGCCCUUGUGACCCCCCCCGUCGUGUCGGUGUUCACCAAACAACGUCCCAAGGGCCCCCCCCCCCCCGAUGCUGUGUUGUGAUGUGGCAUGGAUCCCCCCCCCCCCGUCCUGCGUGUGCGAUUCGGGGCAGCUGCCAGUGACACAGCUGCCCCGUCCGUGAAUAAAGCCAGCUCUCGUCUGUA